AGUUGAUAUUGAGCCGUGCGUGACAUAUUUACGAAUAACAUACUGCUCCAUCUCAUGAUACGUACAUAGGACAUAACGAUGGUUGAUCAGGAUAUUGUAUUUGUCUUGUGUAUCCAGCUAUGGAUUAUAACAGCAGACGGCGUGAAUGUUGCCCUCAACAAGCCAGCUGAACUGUCUAAACAAUACCAAUGGUCUGAUGGGGAUGAUACUGCUGAAAGGGCUGUAGACGGAAACAUCAAUCAAGACUUAAAUCGUAAUUCCUGUUUCCAUACGGAUAUUUCCCCGACUAACUGGUGGUAUGUAGAUUUACAGCGCAUCUACAGAAUAACGAAGAUAAAGGUGUAUAAUAGACUUGAUUGUUGUUCAGAACGAUCUAGAAAUCUAACAGUAUUGUUGGGUAAUUCUUUGGAUAAUAUGACACAAAUGGUUUACUGGCCGGACCCAAUUGGAGCAAUAAAGUGUUUAUCCAUGCCAGUGAAUACAAAAGGAAGAUAUGUUAAACUUGUCCAAGAAGCAAAUGAUUAUUUCCACCUCUGCGAAGUGCAAGUAUUUGCGCCAGCAGAUGAUAAUGAAUGUGACGCACGCGGUGGCUGUGAAGCACGCGGUGGCUGUGACGCCAAUGCAGAUUGUAUCAACACCAAAUCUGGUAACUCGUGUCAAUGUAAAACGGGAUAUCAUGGUGAUGGAAAGCAAUGUUCUGAAUGUGGCAAAGGAGUUUAUGGUGUAAAUUGUGAGGGAAAAUGUGGACAGUGUACGGAUGAUGAAUGCCACCCAGAAACUGGAGAAUGUCUCCGAGGUUGUCUGGCUGGAUACACAGGUCCACUGUGUAAAGACAACUGUUCAGAUGGAUAUUUUGGAGCAAACUGCACGAUACAAUGUGGACAUUGUUUGUUAGGGAAACCGUGCGACAAGUUCACAGGUCAGUGUGUCGAGGGAUGUGACAAGGACUUUGUUGGUGGUGACUGUAUGACAGAAGCACAGAGAAAAGGAAAAGGGGCACUAGGAAUUCCAGAAUUUGUACUUCCGACAGUGAUAUGUGUCACAUUGUUUCUAACAGUAGUAGUAAUAUUUCUCGUUUAUAUGAAAAGACGUCCUCCGACAAACGAAACUGAACCAAAUGAACAGAAACAGCAUCCUCUUCAGACAUUAUCUGACCUGGUAACGGAACAAGGUCAAGGUCAACCGAAACAUCAAAAUAUCGAAAAUAAUAAGGAAGAGCAUGAUUGCGACAUUCCAGUAAUAGUAUAUGAAAGUCUAAACAUGUAUGUAAACGAUAAUCUAGCUGAAGAUAUGUAUCAGGAACUUGAACCUUACAAGACUGAGGGUCUUCAUGGAAGGCAUAGUGCAGUACUCUAGAAAUCGUGACAAGAAAGUUAUAAAGUUACAAGAAACCGAAGAGUGUCAUAUACAUUUGACAACAAAAGAAAUGGAAGGGCAAGGUCAAGGACAAGAACACAACAGCAACAAUGGAGGGAAAAAUUUUGAAAACUCAUUGAAUGCGUAUGAAAGACUAAACAUUUAUGCAAAUUAUAACAUAGCAGGAGAGAUGUAUGAGCAACUUAAUGCUGACCAAUCUAGGGGUUCUCGAGGGAUGAAUGUUCCUGGUAACGAGGGUAGGACAGACAACAACAGAGACUAAAGAACCAACAAAAACGGGCAAUAAUUUUGCAGUGUAUACAAAUAAAAUUUCACAAGCUGAUGCAUAGCAUCUUCUUGUCUAAAACUGUAUCAAACAAUCAUGAUAGAAAAAUAACGGUUCAGUUUCUUUUUGGUAUUUGUUUUAUGAUUAAACAUACUACGAUCAAAAUCUUAGAAGUCUAUAAUUGGUGUUCAAUAAGAAUUUUGAUAUAUUGUAAUAUAUCCUAAAGAAGGAAGCUCCGUUGAGUCAAAAUCUUACAAAACUGCUACAAUAAUUUUUUAAAUUAUUUUACCACAUUUUUGUAUGCUUGUAAUGUAAGUGCUUCUAUUUAAUUUCUAGAUACACACUUGAGAUUUUUGUACCUGUAUUUGAAUUGGUAUGCUCAUGUGUACCUAUGUUAGUUUUGCUCAUUACCUGUUGUUUGAAUAUUAGAAUAAGUAUGUUCAUAUAUAUCUAUAUGUAGAAUUAUAUACAGAGUAAAUGGUAAAUCAAUAAUAAAUUAUUAAGCUAUUUGGCAGUGAAUAUGUACUUUGUAGCACCUCGUGUAUAUGUCUAUAUAUAUGUGUGUACAUAUAAGUUGUAUUUAUAAAAAUAUGGUGUAAAUAAAUUAAAGAUAAAAUU